AUGAAUCGAACGGUCUUGGCUGCUUUUCUUCUCACGUUCGCCGUCGUGUACGCAUUCCAGCCGGAUGACCAGUUCUCAGAAAUGGAGAAACGUAAAUCAGCGUACAUGCGUUUUGGCAGGUCGGAUCCAGAGCUCACUGAUCAAUUAUCACUGGAGAAAAGGAAGAGCGCCUACAUGAGCACAUUCAAACUAAUUUUUAUUCUCAGGUUCGGAAAAAGAUCGGAAGUUGCAGAUGAGGAUACCCUAGAUAUGGAAAAACGCAAGUCAGCCUACAUGCGUUUUGGAAAGAGAAAGAGCGCCUAUAUGCGGUACGUUUUCAAAAAAGAAAUCUUCAUUGUAAGCGAAAUAAACCAAGCUUGCGAGAAAUCCACAGACAAGCGUGAUCUGUAUUGA